AUGCUAAUUUGUAUUCCCUUUCUAGUACCCAACGAAGACAUAUUCUUAGACCGAUUCCUGAUCGACUUAAAAGACAAUGGCUUCUCAACGCAGGCUGCAUCACUAAAUGGUGUGAUCUUACAAGGAGGCAAACUCUCUCAACGGCCAGAUACACCGAUCUUCAUUUCACGAAAUCAAAAAAAUAGGAGUGGAUUGUCUUCGGAGGGUCUCCGACUUCCUCCCAGCGUAUCCAGCAAUCAAUUUCUCAAGGACGAAGAGAAGCAGAGUCCGCAGUUUCCAUCUCGUAGCUCAACCCCUAGCAAAAGGAGACGUACAGCUGGACUCAGCGAUGAUCUUUAUGACCUUGAUGAAGAUGGUGAUAACAGCCCCAAUGAGAUUGUCAAGAGAUUCGCUUGCCCUUACUUCCGAAAGAAUCCAGAGCGUCACCUCGAAUGCAUCAACCUCAAAAUGGUCCGCAUCUCCGACGUAAAGCAGCAUUUAAAGCGAAGACACACAGCGCGUUACCACUGCCCAAUAUGCUGUGAGGGAUUCUCAUCCCUGAACCUGCAAGGAAAUCAUAUCUUGCAACAAACCUGUGUACAAGGAUCUGGCGCAAACUGGGACAGUGUUUCCCCGGCUUCUCAGAAGGCCCUUCAGGCUCGCUUUGGGAAAACCCUUUCGCCAGAGGCACAGUGGUAUGGGAUCUGGACGAUACUGUUUGGAGAACGCCGGCCUAUGCCAAAUCCACAUCUGGACGGCGUCGUGAAAGAGGUUAUAGGGAUUCUGCGCGGGAUUUGGCUCGAUGAGGGCAGACGACUGAUUUCUGAGUUUGUUGAAGCAAAAGACCAGCCAACCAGUUAUAAUGAUCAACUGUACCAAUUGCUUGCGGGGGUUCUGGAUGAAGUUGAGGCUCGCUUUGAGCAAGAGUCGUCUGAGAAGAUCUCCAGCAAAACAUCUGUUGUUUCUGAACCAAGCCCUGAGGAAUCUGCGGGAGUGCAGUUGGACACUGUUUCGCGUUAUAUCACGGAAGGACCUGACAGCCAGUCGCUUGUUGCGCCCUAUGACACUACAAGCUUGUUUUUCGAUUUCUCAGCUGCACCGUCCGAGGUUUCUGAAGUUUCCUAUCAAGCCUCAGAGUUCGGGUUUUCUGGGACGCAGCUGCUUCAGACUCGAUACUCUUAUCCUGAUAACCCUGUGUCGGAUUUCAACUUGUGGGAUUGCAAUCAGCAGCAGCCUAUUCCUAUGGAUGGAGCGAUGUUGUGA